GGCGCGCUCAGUCUGGCGGCGGCAGCGGUGCUCGGACAGACAGACGUGCCCGGAGCGCAGCACUGCCCGCAGCUCAGCAGCCCGGGCCGCGCCCGCCCGCCCGCCCGCCCGCCAUGGUGUCGUGGAUCAUCUCCAGGCUGGUGGUGCUUAUAUUUGGCACCCUCUAUCCUGCAUAUUAUUCCUACAAGGCUGUGAAGUCCAAGGACAUUAAAGAAUAUGUCAAAUGGAUGAUGUACUGGAUUAUAUUUGCCCUCUUCACCACAGCAGAGACGUUCACAGACAUCUUCCUUUGCUGGUUCCCAUUCUAUUACGAACUAAAAAUAGCAUUUGUAGCCUGGCUGCUGUCUCCCUAUACAAAAGGAUCCAGCCUCCUGUACAGGAAGUUUGUUCAUCCCACACUGUCUUCAAAAGAAAAGGAAAUUGAUGACUGCCUGGUCCAAGCCAAAGAUCGAAGUUAUGACGCCCUUGUGCACUUCGGGAAGAGGGGCUUGAACGUGGCGGCCACAGCAGCUGUGAUGGCUGCUUCUAAGGGACAGGGUGCCUUGUCGGAGAGACUGCGAAGCUUCAGCAUGCAGGACCUCACCACUAUCAGGGGUGAUGGUGCCCCUGCUCCCUCAGGCCCCCCUCCUCCAGGGACUGGGCGGUCCAGCGGCAAGCAUGGUCAGCCCAAGAUGUCCAGGAGUGCUUCUGAGAGUGCUGGCAGCUCAGUGUGCACCUGCUGCUCCUCCUGCAGGACCCGGAAAGUGGUUGAGGGAGAUGUGAAUGAGGGUGGUGUGAAGUCAUGGGAGCCCCACCAGGUCCAAAGCCCACUGGCGUUUUCUGACGACGAGGAGGAGGACCUGUUGGAGUUCAUGUACAAGUAUAAGGCACCGAGGAGGACGGAGUUGCCCCUGGAGGCACCGCCUAGAAUCCUUCGGUCUCGCUUCAGGAAGAAAAGUACCUCAUCCUCGGCCACUGAAACCACGUGAGUGAGAUGAGCCAACAGCACCGGAUCCACAGAUGUCUCUCCUCUGCCUUAAAGAGCUAGUCACUAGUACCACGGCAGUCCACGGGCUGGGUGUGCUUUGCGUGUGCAGCCUCACAGACAUGGCCUUUACUUACUCCCCUCUUCUGCCUUUAAGACUCUUCUGUUCUUCCCUUCUUGUUCCUGCUGGGGAGAGGCUAAAGGAGGUGGUGGAGGGUGACCUUUCCGUCUUCUGGGGUUAGUAAUGUCCCGCAGCUGGAUUGUCAUUGUGGCCACAGUGUUUUUAGAUACAUAAGCUCUCUUACCCUGCUGCUGAGAUGGACAUUUGUAAUUUAUUUUGUUGCAUAGUUUUCGGUCCUGUAAAUGCAAACGAAGUGGUCGUUUUAAAAACCCUUUUUGUUGUUCAGGGUACUAAUACAUUGGACUAUGAUGUACAUAUUUACGGCUUUUAGCUUAAUGUAAUGAACGUGCAAGGGCUGCUAGAGGUUCUGAUAAGCGAGAGGACUGCAACAAAGUGGAAAUGUAGACAAAUAUUUUGAUUCUAGACAAUGUCUCCAACCUGCUUACAAAGCCAGUGCCAGUAGGGCAUGUCUUCUCCCGCAGGAAGAUGGCCCACGUCUUUCACGUGGCUGUGUAGUCAGCAGAGCUGAGCCGGAGCGCAGGCUCUCGGCAGCAGGAAGUUUGCUGAGUCAGGGAAGAGGAAGGAAGUACAUCUCCUCGGGUUCAAGAUCAGAAGCAUCUGAGCCCUUUGGAAGGCAUUGGAACUGCCUCAGGCAGGCAGAGGGCUCGCCCUUAGCAGAACCUUUGGGGGGGAGGGGUGGAAACUCAGCUGCUGGAAGAAUUCCAAGUAUCUCCAAUCACUUGCAAGAGUAUUACUCCUUCAGGGACCAGUGCCGUGGCCGAUUUCUCCAGGAGGAAGAGCCUACAUUUGAGCACCUUGUUUUAGAACACUAAGCAAAGAGGAAAAGCUAGAACUAGGCUUUGUUUCAGAUGUGCUCCGAAACCACGAGCCGCUCACAGAACCACAAGAAGGCAGGAUCUGGGGAGGACCGAGGCUGAGGUCCACAGGCAGCCGUGGCUUUUGCCCCCUCCUGGCUUGUGUGAAGAUGAACCGGGUGGACUGACCCUCACGCUCACUCCAUGUCGUUGUGGAUGUUUUACACAAGCCAGGACUGAAGGGAGAACUUGACAAGUAUCUGACUUAGAUAGCAUGGUGGUCUGUGGAGCUGCCCUCCCCUCUGAGAGCUGAGCCAAAUUGUAGGGCUAGUCUGUUUGUGCUUAGAGCUGGUGUUUCCUUUCCGUGUAAUGCAUGCAGUGGUCCCAACCCAGUUACUCCUAUUUGGAUUGUAUUUGUUCAUAGCUAUGCCCUGAGGACUAGAGAAGUAGUGUUGUAUACCACAUAGACCGGCAGUAACUGCCGACAGGCUCCAUUACCGAGCUACACACGCAUACGCUAGGAGACUGCCAGGCUACGUUAGCUGCACUUUGGCCGCUUCACAGGUUUCAGUUGAAGUACAUUGCUGCCAGAUACACCUAGUGAAAUUCUACCAACAUGAGUUUGUAUUUUAGAACUAACCCUAGAGAACUAACCCUAGGGAACUAACUUAGAAGCUGGUGACUGCGAGGGCCAAGAGUCUGCCUAAGGCCCACACCCAUCUGAACCCGUUAAAGACAUCUGUCCUCUUCAACAGCUCCAGACAGGUGACAUGAUGCCCUGUACAAUGUACAAACCUGUUGGUUGGGUGUAUCUGGGAUGAAGAGAAACAGGUGCAGAAAAGCCUGAGAAGCAGCUUUGCAGCCCCCCUAGCCCACUCCCCCCAAAUCAAUGGCUUUAGGAGCAGAGUUCAAGUCCUGUUGUAUUUUCACUAUUUUACUAUGGGAAGUCAGAGCAUGUCUAGGCUACCAAGCUUGUACUCAGCGAUGCCAAAACCCAGUGUGAAGCACUCCGCUCGGAUGUGCCGCAUUCUUGCUCGAGAUUUAAAAUAGAAAGGUAUCUAAAUCGUUGUCUUAUUGUAAAUGUAACUACUUCUCCUUCAAGUGUUGACUAGAGGGUCAUCUCCUCUCUUAAAGACACUCACUAUAGAGCCGAGCGCAGUGGUCGUGUUUACUUGUCAGACAAGCUGUGCACUUGUAUGUGGACUGACGUAUGAUGUGAAUGUCCCUGUCUGUGGAGUGGUGUGGUGCUGUCUAGAUGAGAAAAAUGAAUGUUUCUAGUUUGCUGACUUAGACACGGGCUGUUUACAAAGUGCUGGUUCAAAGGUCUGCGCUUGUCUCGGCUUUGAGCUGCUCGCCUUGGAGGACAUGGCCAUUUCUGAAGACGUGAGGUGAGAGCUCACGCCCAUCAACUGGAGAUUUAGUCAUAACCUCUCCUGACUGUGUGUGGUGAGCUUGCUCACUCUGCUGGCCUUCGAUGUGUACGUUCUCCGUGGUAACCUGCCCGUGUGUUUGUGUUAAGAGCGCUCAUCAGCCACAAUGUCGCGUAGCGUUCCCAGUCUUCGGCUCGCACAGUAUUUGAAGUGGCGAAGGAUGCGCUUCAUCUUCGGACAGCGAGCCCUCAGCAACUGGCGUUCCGGAUUGUGACUGUGCACACUUCCUCUAGCUUAUUUCUGAAGUCUCUCUAGAGUGAGCUGUAACUAAAUAGUACCCUGAACUGUGUUUCUAAGGGGUGUAAACUGCAGUAUUCUGAAGGCUGAAGCUCUGCUGUCGUUAUAAUGCCUGGUAAACAUCUUGAAUAAAGUCUUAACAUUUUAUUUAAAAAAAAAUUGUAAUGUUGGGCUUAUGAGAAAAGAGGAAAUACUUUUGUAAAAAAGGAUUUCUUAUUUUGGUGGUUUCUAAACAAUUAUUGACAAAGACUGCCAAGUCAUUCCUCAGUGGUCCUAAGGGGGAGUACCAGGAGGUGAGAGGAUAAAGAUAAAAGCUGGGCUUGGGAGGUGUUGCACAAGCUAUGCCUUAUCCCAGACAAGCUUCUUAAGAAGUAUAACAUCGGGCUGGAGAGAUGGCUCAGCGGUUAAGAGCAUUGCCUGCUCUUCCAAAGGUCCUGAGUUCAAUUCCUGGCAACCACAUGGUGGCUCACAACCAUCUGUAAUGAGGUCUGGUGCCCUCUUCUGGCCUGCAGGCAUACACAU